AUGACUCUAGAAACGGAAUAUACGGUGGACGAAGUUGCUCAGCACACCAAACCUGAUGACAUAUGGAUGACUAUCCAUGGGGAAGUAUACGACGUAACUAAAUAUCUCAUGGAUCAUCCAGGAGGGAUCGAAGUUCUCUUGGAAGCAGCCGGCACUGAUGCAAGUGAUCCAUUCGACAAUGCUGGCCACUCAGAUGAUGCCUUCGACCUCAUGACCCCUUUCCGGAUUGGGAAAUUAAAAGGCCAUGUUAACAAAAAGCCAAAACAUACACUUCCCUUACAGCCUUCAUUCGAGAAGCUCGAUUCUACGAAGAAUUCUCAUGGCCUAGCAGGAAUAACCUUGGGGUUUCUUUCGCUGGGUAUUGCAGCAUCGACAUACAAGAUUUUUAAAGAAGAACAUGCAUUUGCAAUACGAAAGUCUGUCAGCGUUAUCAUGGGUGAUACGAACUCCAGACGGUACCCAAAUCAUCUGAAAUUACCUAAACCGGUGACACGGGAUCCCUUACUUCAAAGGGGUUGGUUGGAUUCAGUGUUAUCCCCCCUACCGUUGGCAAAGAAGAUACUGGUCGCACCAAAUGUAUACCGCUUGGUAUUUUCUCUACCUCAGUCAGAAGCAAUGUUAGGCCUGCCAACUGGUCAACACAUUGCCAUAACCAUGAACAUUGAUGGGGAAAAGGUGACAAGGUCUUACACUCCAGUAUCCAAUAACUUGGAUUAUGGUGUUCUGGAAUUACUCGUCAAGAUAUAUCCAGACGGCAAGUUGACUGGUGGCUGUCUUACCAAUCUACAAAUUGGAGAUGAAGUUCAUUUUAGAGGUCCUAAAGGAGCAAUGCGCUACUACAACGGUCUUUGUAAAAAGAUCGGGAUGAUAGCUGGUGGUACAGGUAUAGCACCGAUGUUCCAGCUUAUUCGAGCAAUUUGUGAGAACGACCGUGAUGGGACGGAAAUUAGCUUGAUAUACGCAAGUCAAACAGAAAACGACAUUCUACUUAAAGAAGAGCUGGAUAAGUUUUCUCGCCUAUAUCCUAAGCUGUUUAACGUUUUCUACGUUAUUGAGCAUCCAUCAACGACUUGGACCUCUGGAGUUGGCUAUAUAACGAAAGAUAUAGCAGCAGAAAGACUGCCGCUUCCGGGAAAUGAUGUCAAAAUCAUGAUAUGCGGUCCAGCUGGUAUGGUCAGCUCAGCCAAGAAAUUUCUUGGAGAGUUGGGCUACGAGACCCCGGGCGCAAACCCAAAGAUGAGCGACCAGGUUUUUAUUUUCUAG